AGCACACAGUGGCGCAUAUGGGCGUCCCAAGCCUUUCGCUUCGAUCAGCGCUCUAGUCAACUUGACGACGGUAGCAUUGUUCAUGCGAGACGGGAAAAUGAGCGUCUCGGAUGGGUUGCAAGCGGACGAAGCGAUGGAUGUGGGCCACGACGAUGGAGCUAGUGAAGGGGACGCGAAGGCCGAGGCGUCGAUAGACAAGCUGCUGCGUGAGACGAUGGGUGCAGAAGCAUUGACUGCAUACCUCGCGCGUACGGUGCAUGCUUCUGCGACCCCAUCGCCACCUUCUGGCCAAUUCCUAUCCGCCGGUCGGCCAAGUCCUACCACGCCCCCACAUAACAUUCCAAACAGCGACGGCUCAUCUCCGUCCAAGAGGGUCAGGGAACUAAUGCAUAAGCUGGAGAUGCCAGGAUCAGAUCCGGAACAGACCAAUAAAAUGAUGACGAACGAUGGUGGGGGGUUCCCCAACAAGCGCCACUUGUCGCCGGGCACGCCUUCAUCCGAACAGUCUGUCCACACAUUGGCCACAGAUGCCGCCUCGAAAAUGUCCUCCUCUGCCUCCGCCGUCGCUCGGCCCGAGGAGCCUGCGCUGGUCAAUUUGCGAGGCAGAGGCAGAGGCAAGAACAAGAGCGUCAUGGUGCUCCGCGACGACAAGAGCUACGUCGCACAGCUGUUUGAGCUUGCGCAAUCCCAGGGCUGGCCACCGCCCAGGUUCACAAGCGAGCCAGAAUCGUUUGCGCCAAAGGGUCAAGUUCUCCUCCACCGCGUCAGCUGCGUCUUGAAGGACGACAAGUACAUUGCACAGAGAGCCACAUCAACAAUCAAGGGAGGCAAAGAACAAGUGGCCCUCGAUAUCCUUCGAUCUCUCAUCUCUCCUUCCUGAAGCGACUGUUUCGAGAAAUCCGACCUCGUCACUUGAUACUGUUUUAUCUCCUGUAACAAAGCCAACAAUGUCCCCUGCACCGCUGCCACACAUCAAUCGCACCACCACCAUAGAGUCUCGCUACACUCUGCCUGACGGCAACACAAUUUGUAUGAUGUAUACACCGACUUGCCCGCAGAUCUAGAG